UUAAAACUACAGAUUUCUGCAGGUUUGAAAAUACAGUGUCAAAUUAAUUUUUCAGAUGAUGAAGAGCAGCAGCAAAGUGAGGAGGUGCAGGGCGUGGACCUGGGAGACACAGAUGGCAGUGAGGAGGAUGACGAUGAUGCAGAGGAGGAAAGCGAGGUUGAAAGUGGAUCGGAGGAGGAGUCCGGUCUGGAUUCGGAUUCAGAUAGCGACAGUGGGCCGGAUCUGGCCCGAGGUAAGGGCAACAUCGAGACCAGCUCAGACGAAGACGACGAUGACGGGGUGGACGCCAUCCUGAGGAAAGAGGAAGAGGAGAUCGAGCACGACUGGGGCGAACUGUGCAAAGAUGCUCGGCGGAGCGAUGAGGUUUCCACUCGACUCGCCGUCUGCAACAUGGACUGGGACCGCAUGAAGGCCAGAGACCUGCUGGCACUGUUCAACUCCUUCACACCACAGGGGGGCGCUGUGCUGUCUGUCAAGAUUUACCCGUCAGAGUUUGGGAAGGAGCGGCUGAAGGUGGAGGAGACUCAGGGACCGAUGGAGCUGAAGGCUCUGCCUGAAGACUCAGAGGACGACACUGAGGAGGACAGGGUUUACAGGGAGAAGAUGCGUAACUACCAGUUCAAGCGUCUCAGAUAUUACUACGCCGUGGUGGAGUGUGACUCGGCCGAAACAGCCGCUAAGAUCUACGAGGAGUGUGACGGCUUCGAGUACGAGAGCAGCUGCUCGGUGCUCGACCUCCGGUUUAUUCCCGACGGCGUCGCGUUUGCUGAGGAGCCCAAAGACGUGGCGACGGACGUGAAUCUGUUGGCGUACACGCCCAAACUGUUCAGCUCGUCUGCCACGGCCACCUCAAAGGUGCAGCUGACGUGGGACGAGAUGGACCACGAUCGAGUGACCGCCUUCAACAGGAAUUUCAACAAGGACGAGCUGCUGGAGAUGGACUUCAACGCCUACCUGGCCUCCUCCAGCGAAGAAGAGGAGGACGAAGCUGGAGCGGUUGAGUUUGGAGAGCAGGCGAGCGGAGACAGCGGCGGCGAGGCCGAAGCUGAAGAGACAGAAGAGACGAGAGAGGUGGUGGAGAAAGAGAAGAAAACUCCGGAGGAAGAAGAGAGGAAGAAAAAGAAGAAGGGCGAGGAUCAGAUCUCUAAGUACAGAGAGCUGCUGAAAGGUAUCCAGGACAAAGAGAAGAAGCUGCAGCACGACAAAGACAUGGAGAUGGAGAUCACCUGGGUGCCAG